AUGAAGAGGAAUUGUAUGAAAAAGCAACGGCAAACGUCUCUCUUCCUGCAGUCAGCACUGACUAGAAUAAAAACAGCCGUAUCGAACCUCCAAGAAAAGAUAGAUAAAAUGGAGAAUCAGUUCGCCAACGCUAAAAAAGCCGACCAGAAAGAGUUGAUGCUAGAAGUACAAGAAAUAGAGAAAGAGUCGCAAUUUUCGCAACAUCUAGCGACCGCUGAAGUUUUCGUGGAUAAGCUCGAGGCCCAAUUGUCAGAGGUUCGAGUAAAUCUCACCAAAGCUCAGAGAAACCCAAGUUACCAUCAUCCAACGAUAGCGUGGGAAGUGACGCUACUUAAAGCACAACUGGGGCGAGUUGGUGCCAUGCAUCAUCCGAGGACGGUCCCAUUCAUGAUUUGA